CAGCGGCCCAGUGGAAACAGCAGCGGCCCAGUGGAAACAGAGGAGGCCCAGUGGAAACAGCAGCAUCCCAGUGGAAACAGAGGAGGCCCAGAGGAAACAGAGGAGGCCCAGUGGAAACAGCUGCUGCCCAGAGGAAACAGAGGAGGCCCAGUGGAAACAGCAGAGGCCCAGUGGAAACAGUAGAGGCCCAGUGGAAACAGCAGAGGCCCAGUGGAAACAGAGGAGACCCAGUGAAAACAGAGGAGGCCCAGUGGAAACAGAGGAGGCCCAGUGGAAACAGCAGAGGCCCAGUGGAAACAGCAGAGGCCCAGUGGAAACAGCAGGGGCCCAGUGGAAACAGCAGGGGCCCAGUGGAAACAGCAGCGGCCCAGUGGAAACAGAGGAGGCCCAGAGGAAACAGCAGCGGCCCAGUGGAAACAGCAGAGGCCCAGUGGAAACAGUAGCUGCCCAGUGGAAACAGCAGCGGCCCAGUGGAAACAGAGGAGGCCCAGUGGAAACAGUAGAGGCCCAGUGGAAACAGUAG